AGGUAAAGGCCGAAAAGUCUCACUGCCAAUCACUUAUCCUCACCGCUCGGUCACCACAUCCACAAAUAAUGCCCCAAUCUCCCUCCCAGGAGCCUCUCGGACGCCAUACCCGACUCGCCGACCCCGGCGAGCCAGCGUCGUCUGGCUCCGUUGCGAGGGCCUACUGCCGGAGCUCCAGCUUUGGCAGCCUCGUAGCCAACGAGUGGUCGGACGGGCUUCCCUUCCGCCUCGACGACUCUGACGACAUGGUGAUCUACGGUGCGCUCCGCGACGCCUUCCACCAUGGCUGGCUUCCCUCCGGCGUCAAGCGGGAGGAAGAGAUUGAUCCGGCCCCGCAACAGCCUCCUCUGGUCCAGAUGUCCCUACAGCAGCAGAACACGGGCGUAACGGGUUCGAAGUCGACGGUGAGGGCGGCGAUAUCGAAGGGGAGGCACUACAGAGGGGUGCGGCAGCGGCCCUGGGGGAAAUUCGCAGCCGAAAUUAGGGAUCCGGCGAGAAACGGAGCGAGAGUGUGGCUGGGCACGUUCGAGACGGCGGAGGAGGCAGCCCUUGCCUACGACCGCGCCGCCUAUCGGAUGCGGGGAUCCCGGGCGCUGCUCAAUUUUCCGCUCCGGAUCGGCUCCGAGAAGGACACGGCGGCGUCCACACCCACCGUAGCCUCGUCUUCUUUGAAGCGGUCCUCGGCGGAACCCAGCUCCCCCUCCUGUUCCUCCUCCUCCUCCUCGUCCUCCUCUUGGAUCUCAUCUCCGAAGAGGAGGAAACGAGGCGAGGCAGCGGCUGCGGCGUUGCCGGCCGCUACCUCAUCUCCGCUUUCAGCGCCGAUUCAAGUUCCGGUGCAAGCGCAUUCCGGUCUGGGAUUUGGGGAUCGGCCAGAGGUUUUACCUGCCGGACCGGUUGUCCAGCUUCCACAUGCGGGUCAACUAUUGGUUAGCUGAAACCAGUAAAGAGUGGGAAACAUGUUUCGUGAAGCAUUUUUUUCUCGACGGAUCAAACUAUGAAGACUGAUGAAAUGUCAAAUAUGUAAAUAUAAAAAGUAUUCAUGUGCUUUUAGUAAUUAUGUGUUGCUCUUGCCACUGAAUGUGGACAUGGGCGGCAUGUGGAGGACACUAGUGGCCAAACUUGUGCGUGACACGCACAUUCAACCAUGCGGAUUCCAAAAUCUCAUUAUGUGGUGGCUUAUGUGAAUAUUUUAGUUGAUCAUUUCUUCGACCAA